AUGUUGGAUUCCUGCAGUUUCACACAUCAGUUCAAGCUCAACUUUUUGGAGACGGAGAAGGUCGCCAUCGGGCAGUCAGUCACCUCUGAGGAUAUCUUCGCUGGUGGGCACCUCUGGACGCUCCUCUGCUAUCCCCGUGGGUCUAGGACAGAGGACAACGGUGUGUACUUAUCUAUGGCCCUCCAGCAUCAGACCAAAUCGGAAAGCGUCAAGGCUAUCUUCGAGGCCAUCGUCAUGGACAAGGACGGUACUCUAUCUUCGUCCCAUAAAAACAAGUUUGUGAAGGUUUUGGCACCGGGGAGCAACUGGGGUUGGCCUCGCUUCGUGGAGCGAAGCGUCCUCGAGUCGCUCUAUGUGACGAAUGGCUCGUUCAUCAUUGUGUGCGGGGUCAAAGUUGUGGUUGGUGAUGACCCCAUCGAGGUGCCACCAUCGGACAUUGGAAGCCAUCUUGGCCUCCUGCUGGAUUGUGCUGAGGGCUCCGAUGUCUCCUUCGUCGUGGACGGUAAGAAGUUCCCUGCUCACCGGAAUGUGCUUGCCGCCCGCUCACCGGUCUUCAAGGCACAGCUAAUGGGCUCCAUGGCGGACGCCAACAUGUCAUCCAUCACCUUGCAUGACAUUGUGCCGGCGACAUUCAAAGUCAUGCUUAGGUUCAUGUACACCGAUGCUUGUCCUGAAGAAUCUGAGCUUGGGGACUACCCGGAUGAGAUGUUUAGGCACUUGCUCGCUGCUGCCGACCGGUUUGCGUUGGACCGUUUGAAGCUUUUGUGUGCUAGCAAGUUGUGGGAUAAUAUAUCAGUGGACACAGUUGCUGCCACUUUGAUUUGUGCCGAAACAUAUAACUGCCCACAACUGAAAAAGAAGUGUAUUGAUUUCUUCGGGGAGGGGAAGGACUUCAAGACAAAGGCUUUGUUGACCGAAGGCUUUGCUCAGUUGGUGCAAAAUUUUCCAUCGAUUCUUGAUGAACUGAGGCAGAAGCUUGGAGGAUAGACCAUAUAGGGGCAUGUAUGCAUGGCAACCUACUAGGCUACUACAAAUAUAAUAGCUAGCUUUAUGAUAUUAUGAGCUCGGUGAAUGCUACCUAAAUCUAUUUAAA